AUGUCGAGCGAAGGGAAUGGUGUGUUGAAGCCGUUGAGGAAACCGCUUCCAAUCCCAAAGAAAUUUCCCACAACUUUCAACAGAUGCUGUUAUAAAUUUUAUGCUGCGGUGGAUAAUCGACUAUGGCCCGUGCGACCGAUUUAUUUUGUCGCUGGUGCUGCAACGCUUGGAGCUAUCCAGGCAAAGUUUGAAGCAAUUCCGCUGCUCAAUGUCAUGCCAGUUUUUGCCAACCGAGUUGCAGAGUACUCAAAAGUAUGCGUGAUAUCGUUAAUCGGAGCGUACAUCCCGGUUUUUCUACUCAGACAAUUUCUCAGUUCAUUUUUCUUCACCUACAAGCGAUUCCUUUUUGAGGAUCCAAAGAGGCCUUCUCUCGCAACGCGAUUUUGGGGUAUUUGUCGAAAACUCUUGUCGCUCUCGCCUCCAUUACUGAAAUCCUGCGACAACCUAUUGCCCAGCCCAUCUGUGCCUGAUCUGGAUGAGACCGUAGGCAAAUAUCUCAAAUCCGUUGAGAACAUCCUCAGAAGGGAUGAAUUCGACUUGGUAAAAGAACACGCGCACUCCUUUCUGAAAAAUGAGGGGCGGCGCUUGCAUAUGUAUGCUUGGAUUAUGUCCAUGAUGUCAGAUAACUAUAUUACACCAUUUUGGGAGAAAUAUGCUUACCUCUAUAGCAGGGAACCACUGCUCAUCAACAGUAGCGUCGCACACACGGAUCUCAUGGAAAUUCCUGAACAUCGAAGAGCCACCAGAGCGUUUAUGGCCGCUCGGGUAACAUAUUUCGAAUCGUUGUCUCAACUAGCUAUUGACAGACAAGCUAUCCCACCGCUAGGCAACGGUCUCCUGUGCGCAUGCCAUUACGACAAACUUUACAGCGUAUGUCGUGUUCCUGGAGAGAAAGUGGAUGAACUUGUUAAUUAUGGAAUAUCUAAGUACGUGGUAGCUAUACUUAAUGGAUGCUUCUAUAAAGUGAUGAUAUGCGACGAGAACAAUCGAAUUUACAGCAUUAAUGAGUUAGCAAAAAUCUACGCGGAACUGUUCUCUCAUAAUGACACCAUAGAUGGACCAUCGGCAAUGGUAGCCGCUUUGACAACGGACAGGCGUGACGGAUGGGCUCGAAAUCGUGAAAAAUUCUUUUUAAAACAUCCGAAGAAUGCGGCUACCUUACGAGAAAUCGAAUCAGCCGCAUUUAUCCUUACCCUCGAUGAUUACGAAUAUUACAUAGAUCCUGAAAACCCAGACAAAUUGUCAAAUUUCCUUCAUAAUAUGCUCACCGGAAAUGGAGUCAACCGUUGGGCUGACAAAUCGUUGAGUUAUGUCGUUAGCAAAAAUUCAAGGUGCGGCGGUACCACUGAACAUUCCAUCGGCGAUGGCUCAGAAUUUGAUCACAUUAUGGAGAAUUUUGUUUCCAUGGAGCUUUUAACAGAAUAUCCUUCUCUGGAAGAUCAGCAGCGAAUCGAAAAGUUGACUGAUGCUGACAAGAAUCUUACUUUAGCGACUCGACUUCCCGUUGAAGUCAGUGAUGAGAUGGGUAUGGAAAUACAACGCUGUUAUUCUCAGUUUGAAAAACUUAGGAUGGAUGUCGAUCUCGCCGCUUCAUUGUUUAGAAAGUAUGGAAAAGGCUUCAUCAAGAAAUGUGGCGUAUCCCCUGACGCCUUUAUGCAGAUGGCAAUACAACUAGCCAACUACCGAGAUCAAGGUCGUUUUGUGUUAACAUACGAGCCGGCGUCAGCCCGAUUCUACAGAAAUUCACGGACGGAAACACUGCGAACUGUAACUGAUCAGUCAUGUGAAUUUGUCUACGCUAUGGUGAACGGAAAAGCUUCAAAUGAAGAAAAAAUAGAGAGGCUUCGAGUAGCUUGUGAAUUACACAGUAAGAGGAAUAGAGAAGCGAUGGUCGGCGGUGGUAUCGAUCGUCAUCUGUUCGUUCUAUACGUCCUCUCUCAAGGAACUCUCAUUUCAAGUCCUUUUCUUGAUCAUUAUAUUUCACAGCCAUGGUUGCUAUCUACAUCACAUGUUCCCGUUGUAACAAACCAAAUAGACGAAGAUAAAGAAAAAUGGAGGACAUGGUCUGGAGCAUGUUUCGGUGCAGUAGCAAAAGAUGGUUAUGGUAUUUGCUACCGUUUCGGUGGAAACCACAGCAUCAUCGCUCAUAUUACUAGCUAUAAAUCUGCUGAAAAUACGAACUCUUCGAGAUUCCGUGGACAGUUGGAAACAGCCCUUCAAGAAAUGGCUGCAUUAUUCGGUGGAGCGAAUUGA